AUGGACUUGUCUAAAAUAAAAGACUUUCUAAAAUUUGGGAGCACCAAGAAGCAACCCAACGCACUUGACAUCCAUUUCCUAGGUGGUUACAAAUGGAACACUCUGCUAAGCUACAACUCCGCGGUACGCAAGUUCGGGAAGUUCAAAGAAGCGACCGGGCAGAGAGAAUACUCUCUCCCGGUAAGCGCCCCAGAACUCUACGAAUUCUGCUAUUGGGCCGGAAGAAACGCAACAACCACGAGCCCUCAAGAUGUAGCGUCCAAGACGCUUACCAAAUACUUGUUCGGGAUACAGGCCUGGCACCUCUACCACUCCACCGUAUACCCUCCAGAAGCCAAGGCCAAGAUCACAGUCUUGUUACGCUCUUCCGCCCACACCGACGCACAAUCUCCUAAACGACCCCGGAAAGCGCCGGUGAUGCUCAAACAUCUGGUCUCAUUGACCGAGACACUCCUCCCUGGAGGCCCAUACCAGAAAGCAGUUUUAGACUUAGCCAUAACCGCCUUCUGGGGGAUGGCUAGGCUGUCUGAGCUAACCUCCGAACGCGAAGAAGGGACCUUGAGAUGGUCCGCUACCUUGUUUACGUCAGACGUCAAGUUCUACCAAACACCACUAGGAAUAGCGGCCGCCCUGGAAAUCCGUGGAGCAAAAACCUGUGCGCCAGGCGACAGUCAGACAAUCCACCUCCAGGGCUUGAACCACAUGCUCUGCCCCGUAGCAGCGGUGAAAAGAAGGAUCGCCAAAGCUGGGCCCAACAACGUCCCGCUUUUCGGCUUCAACACUCCCACCGGCCGGGUCAACUUAGUUAAGACUAAAGUAGUCAGAACGCUAGGACAAGUUUGGAGCGAACACGGAUAUCAGGGAAUCACUGGCCACUCUUUUAGAGUCGGCGGUACUUCGCUACGAUUCGCCAUCGGCGUUCCGGUAGAAGAGAUCUGCGCACUAGGGAGGUGGACCUCCUGUUGGAAUUCAAGCUCAAUAGACAGAGAUUCGACCCUAAAAAGGGCUAGAACUCAACAGACAGAGAGCGCAGCUGUGAUUGACUACAGCCUAUCCGCCAACGCAACAGAAACAGAGAACUACACCAGAUCCAACAGGAGCAGCCUACUCAACCGAUUGUCAUCCCCCAUCGCAGUAGCCUUGCCCAGCAAGAACGUACUAAGCGAAACAAUCGACAAACCAGACACUACCAACAUCUAUAACAACCAGAACACAAAACUAUACCUUGAAGCAAACAAAGGUAAGAACAAAUAA